CCUGAAAAAAUAUGAGGCAAUUACUCCUUUGAAGCCAUAAAAUAAUGCUAUGUUAAAUUGGUUUGAAAUAGUUUUUUGUAGUUUUUCUGAAGGUGGUAUAGCCAGCAUGCAAAUAUUCUAAUGAGGAGGCACAUAUAGUAACAUAUGUUACAGCAGACUUUGCUUUUUUAGUAGCAGAGCUGACUAACUGAAGGAGUUUUAGCAAAUUUAGCAAAUGCUUCUGUUAUAAAAACCCCAAGUAACUGACAAACAAGGGUUUGAAUGUCCCUUUCUAACAAACAGUAGUUCUCCUGUGAUAACAUUUGUUUCCUCUGUCCCUCUUUCACUGGACUCCAGUGUUCUUCCUUGUAUUUGUUCUGAAAGGCUUCCUUUCUGUAAGCCUGUGCUUUUCCAUUCAUCCACCCAUUCCUUGAAACACCCUUCCUGUAAUGUCACCCCACUGUGUACUUUGUCAUUUAGGUUCUCUAGGUUCUCUUUUCAUUGUCACUGGCAGAAAUCUGCUGUGUUUUGUAUUAUGCAAUUGUUGGUUUUCAGUUUGCCUUCCCUUUCUCAUGUGGGAUAUUAUAAAGCUUUUAUCAGAUUCAUUUUCCAGUACAUUUAUGAAGUUGUUUCAGGAAACAAGUAAUUUUUUAAUCUUAACUGGGGGAAAAAGUGGCAGUUGGAUGUUAAAAUAGAAACAGGUGUUUCUGAUAUAAAAAUGAGUACAGGUGCUAACUCAGUCCUGCUCUGUACACCUGUUGUAGAGAAGGGUUUAGGAUUCUUUGCCUUGAAAGCUUUUUCAGCCUCCACUUCCUAAGUUGUGCUUAUUGCCUGGGGCACAGAGCGGGACAGAGAAGGACUUCAUGUGUGUGCUGUGAGUCUGGCCAGCCUUGUGCCUGCUGUGUGAGUCCCUGCAGGAGCAGUGGUGGCUGUGUGUGCCAGGUCCUUCACAGAACCCUGCCACUAUAAUCACUUGGUGUCCUCUUUUCCUAAAUCUUGUGGGUAUGGAAGCGCUGGAACCAGUUGGGAAGAGCUGUGGGUCGUUUGGAGCUGCAUCUGAGGUUCUUUGGUGGAAAUGCUAGCAAUAGUCUAGGAAAGAAACUGAGGUUUAGAAUCUGCUCUAAAUUAGGCUGCAGCCUCUUCUGUUUCUCUUAAGGUAAGCAUGAAUUAAAAAGUGCCAUGGAAAUCAGCUCCAUAAAUGCUGUGUACUGUGGGAAAACACGUGGCAGCAGCCACUGCUAGUGCAGGGGCUCAAUUACCUUAGCCUGUUUUCUCCAUGUUGUCAAACAGCCUGCAAUAUAUCCUUGGAAUUCACCUUCCAUUAACUUUUGACUCUCCUCAACAGUUAUAUUUCCUUUACAGGAGUUUAAUCCUUAAUAGUUCAUCCUAGUUUUUAAUAUUAUCUCUUUUUUCUCUUUUGUAUUUUGUGUACUUGCCUCGUUUAUUUUCUUUUGUUGUGUUUUGUUUUGUGUUUAUGGCCAUGUUCCCAUUUCAGAGACCAAUGUCCUCUAACUGAUGAGCAAUUGGUUUCAGGGUAAGACCAAACAUUCUAAACAAUCACCUUUGUCUAGAAUGGCUUUCUUUUCUCACCAUCCUUUUUAAUUGUGCUUUUGUUUCUGGUUUCUGUUUUACACUGAAUGAUCAGAAAAUCAUAUGCUAAAUCACAGUGUUUGUAGGAAAUGUAUUGCUAAAGGUUUGUGCCAGGAUAAUUACCGAGGUCCUACUAACAUUUCUGUGCUUCCUGUAGGAAAUCCAGAAUGGAUGUGGCACUGUCCCUUCUGUGAAUUGGGAAAAGCUGGGAGGCGCUGGGAAUGCAGCAAGUAUAGCCUUGGCAUUGUAGUUAUUCCAACAAGGAGCCCUAAAUCAAAUGGUUUUCUGAGGAGAAGUGACUUGAAAGUACCAGAUCAGUGAGCAAUCUAUUUAAUCCCAGGGUAAUGAUGGAGAGCUCUUUAGAGGACCCAGGUCUGAGCAGCUGUGCUGUUGCUUGUUCUUGGUGCCCCACUCAGCUAAAUGGGAUGAUUACACACAUAGAGGGAAAAGUGCUUAACUCAGGGCCCCAGAAGGAAAAAAAAAUAAUGCAUCCCUAGUCCCUGCUUAACAUAAAGCUCACCUACAUACUCAGAUCCUGUUCUGAACUACUUCAAAGAAAAAUUCUUUGUAGGAACCUUGCUUUGAAUUCCUGUGGCAUAUAAAAAGUUAUGAUCCAUUCUUGGGGGAAAAAUGAAUUAAUGUUUGAAUCUUUUCAGUGUGCUGUUGCUAUGUUGUGCUCUGGAGAGGAGUGGUAAAAUAUUUUGGACAAAUCAAAGCUUUUGUUUAUUGUAUAUUGUUUCUGCCUGCUGAAUUCCUUAGUACAGAAGAGGUUUGCUUCCCCCUGGAAUUCACAAUGCUCAGACUAAUCUCAUAAAAGGAGAAGGGUUACUGCCCAACUGCAAAACUUAAUCUGCUUCUUACAAACUCUUGGGCUCUGAGAAGACAGUGUUUUUAGGUCAUCUUAACAUACCCCAAAGAUGGGAAAAUGUGUAUUGAAAUAUUUCAAGUGAAAGUGUUAUUUUCUAGGAUGAGGUGACUAAUUGAAGUAAUGGGAAUAACACAUCUGCUGUUCCUCGAUUUCCCUAUUGUCCUGAGGCCUAAGAAAUGUCAAAAUUAUGUAGAGCACUGGGGGUUAAAAAAAACCCAGACAGCAAAGCUAUAAAUCCAGGCUGUCAGAGGAGGAGAAUGGGACUGGAGUCCAGGUAACUCUUGGGAGAGCCUGUGGUGAUAGGAGGUGCACCUGUGUCAGGAUUCUGUCCCUGAGCAUGUCCUCUGACUACAAUUCAGUACUCUCCCAGACAGAGAAGACCCUGCUAGUGAGAAGAUCUGGAGGACUUUCAAAAGUCAGCCUUUUAAUCUCUUCCUCCCCAAAGAGCCACAUGCAAGGUGGGGCAGAUAGGGCUGUUGGUGUCAAGAGCUCCCCUGGGAAACUGCUGAAUUCCCACCUUUAGCACCACAUUUAUCUGUUGAAAGAUCUGCUGGUGUAUUCCUUGUGGAAGUUAUGAGAAUGAUCAGUUUAUCAGCUCCCAGGUAUCCUUUGCCAAGGCUGGAGGAGGGAAGGGUAACUAAUUUCUUACCAGGAAGCCGACAUUUUCUAGUUUGCCCUCCUUCUCCCUUCACCCCUCAAAACAUAUGCUCCUUUUGGAUCCAGUGCUGUUCCCAUCUUCCUGGCUCCAUGAUGAGCCUAUUAAUGAGCAGCUGAACAGGGUAAAAAGAGGAGGAGAAGCUCACUGCUGUCAUGGUGACUUUUUUCUAUUUUGAAUGUGAUCUCCAGGGUCUGUCAGUCCAGGUCCUGUUCCAGUUGGCUUUGCCCUUUGCUCCCAAACUUCCCAAGUUGUGCAGCCCAGUGGCUGAGGAGCAGGGGCUCAGUGGCCCCAGGAGUCUCUGGCUAGUCUCUGCUUGCCCUUAGCUUGGAGUUUGGAGCAGAGCAGUCAGGGAUUUGGAUGUUUGUGCACAGCUGCUCUUUCCAUAAACCAAACAUAAGCAGCAUGCUGUGGUCAGGGCAACCUGUUUGUACAAGCACCAGGGGCUUUGGCAGUUUGGACCUGUGUGGUCCUUCAUCUCCAGUAUUUGUAAAUAAAAGGAAUUCCCUGUGUCCUUGAGUGCAUUUGUCUUAAUUUCUGUAGUACUGCAUGACUCAGAGGGAAGCAGGACUAAGGUACAUUAAUUGCUUCUCUGGGUAUGGAGGGCUCACUUGUGGCCAAGAGAUAAGAUGAGCACAGCACACACCCAUGCCUGCCCUCCUCUCAGAGUGAUACUGGGUUAUCUGGGAUACCUGCCUGCCCUAGGGGGAUGGUCUGGCAGGGACACACAUCCCUGGGUGUAAAUACACAAAAUGAAAUAAACAUUUUCAUUCUUAAAAACCAGCUCUCAUCAGAAAGUGGUCUGAAAUUCAUUUGGUCAAGUAGGAGCUUCUGUAAAACAGAUGAGGAGAGAACUUGUUAAUAACAAGCCUUGCACUGCUCCUAGAGCAACAAGUUUACUCUAGCAGCUGAGAUCCUCUUCCCUGUGGGUUUGGGCUUCACUGUCCCAGGGGACACCUUGAGGAAAACAACUGUUGGUAGAGACCAGACCAAUGUUGAGAGGCCAUUGGAGGGAGCAGUUGUGGAAUUCCUCCCUUGUCACACGGGAUUUUUAGCUGGUUUUGCAGCAGUGGCUGUGUUUCACAGGGCAGACCCCUUGUGGAUACUUGCCCUCCUGUCUCAGAGCUGCCGCCUUGCCCUCACCAAUCCAGAGCAAUUCAGUAACCCCAUGGCUGGGCAUUGGGAAGGGCCUGGCCUGUCAGGAGUGUGAUGUAUCAAAUGAGAAAGCCCAGGUUUUCAGAUGUCAUCCUGGCAACAAUUUUGGCUACCAAGUCAGAUAUGUGUGGCAAAAAGUUUGAAUUGAAGAUUGAUAAUGUUCGCUUUGUUGGCCAUCCCACCUUGCUCCAGCAUGCCCUUGGGCAGGUAUCCAAAACUGACCCCUCACCAAAGAGAGAGAUGCCCACCAUGAUUCUGUUCAACGUGGUGUUUGCACUAAGGGCCAACGCGGACCCGUCCGUGAUCAGCUGCCUGCACAACCUGUCCCGCAGGAUCGCCAUCGUCCUGCAGCACGAGGAGCGCCGCUGCCAGUACCUCACCCGCGAGGCCAAGCUCAUCCUGGCCAUCCAGGACGAGGUGUCUGCCAUGUCAGAGACCACAGAAGGGCCCCAGUCACCUUUUCAUCACAUCCUACCCAAGUGCAAACUGGCCAGAGAUCUCAAAGAGACAUAUGACAGUCUGUGCACGACAGGGGUGGUUCGUUUACACAUCAACAACUGGCUGGAAGUGAGUUUCUGCCUUCCUCACAAAAUCCACUAUGUUGCCACCAACUUCAUACCCCCAGAAGCAAUUGAGAGAAGUCUGAAAUCUAUCAGGCCUUACCAUGCCUUAUUACUUUUAAAUGAUGAGAAGUCAUUGCUUAAUGAGCUCCCGUUGGACUGCUCUCCUGCCCUGGUGAGAGUAAUUAAAACUACCUCUGCUGUGAAGAAUUUGCAGCAACUGGCUCAAGAUGCUGACUUGGCAUUGCUGCAGGUUUUCCAGCUUGCAGCACAUCUUGUUUACUGGGGCAAAGCAAUUAUUAUUUAUCCUCUUUGUGAAAACAAUGUCUACAUGCUUUCUCCAAAUGCCAGUGUCUGCCUGUACUCUCCCCUGGCAGAUGCCUUCUCCUGCCAGUUCCGGGGUCACAACCUGCCCUCCAUGCUGGCCAAGUUCUCCCUCCCGGUGUCCCUCUCCGAGUUCAAGAACCCGCUGGCACCGCCUGUGCAGGAGACCCAGCUCAUCCAGAUGGUGAUUUGGAUGCUCCAGCACCGGCUCCUGAUCCAGCUCCACACCUACGUGUGCCUGAUGGUGCCCCCGAACGAGGAGGAGCUCCGAGCCCAGGACGAGGACAUGCCCUUCACUGCCAGGGUUGGGGGACGAAGUUUGAGCACCCCCAACGCUCUCAGCUUUGGCUCUCCAACCAGUAGUGAUGACAUGACUCUGACAAGUCCCAGCAUGGAUAAUUCCAGUGCUGAGCUGAUACCUGGUGGGGACUCACCCCUAAAUAAGAGGAUGACAGAGAAUCUCCUGGCAAGCCUGUUGGAACACGAGCGGGAAGCCAUCCUGAAUGUCCCAGCUGCCCAGAACCCAGAGGAUCUCCGCAUGUUUGCAAGGCUGCUGCACUACUUCCGAGGCCGGCACCACUUGGAGGAGAUCAUGUACAACGAGAACAUGCGGCGCUCGCAGCUGCUGAUGCUGUUCGACAAGUUCCGCAGCGUGCUGGUGGUCACCAGCCACGAGGACCCCGUCAUCUCCGUGUUCCAGUCGCUCCUGAAGUGACUCUGCUGGCACAGAGGAGGGAGGAGCCUGCCACGCUCUCCAUGCUGAGAGUCUAAAGGCAGCCUAAAAUCUGCAGGAGGUGGUUUCAGUUCCUUCUCGCCAUGUGACACACAGCAGGUUGUCCUCGUCCGUGCCUCGAUGUCCCAGCUGCUCCCCGAGGCUCCAGGGCCUGCUGCAGGACAGCACGUGCUUCCUCAGCCUAGAUUCCUGCCCUGCCACGUUCACAGCCCUUCCUGGCCCUGCUGCUCCCCAGGGAUCCUCAGAGUGGGACAAGAGGGUUCUGCUGUGGUGCUGCUGGCAGAACUUUUGGGGGGACACUGGUGCCCUGGGAGUGCUCCCUGUGCUUUCCAGCAUGGCUGCUGGGACACUCAGCCGUGAGAGCCUGUCCCCACGGCACAGCGUGCAUGGCCUUGUUCCAGGGCACAGGGGAGCUGGCCUGGCUCCUAGGGAAAUUACCCUGGGCACCCAGGAAUUCUGUUUGAUCUCACAGCAGCGAGGACAGAAGUGGGAAGGCAAAGUAUCACAAGUAAACGUGAAAUCAUGAAUGAAUGACACA